CCGCUCGUUUCGCUAAAUCAUACAUUCUGUAGCUAUGCCGAGUAUAAAACCCCCUGCUCUGCCACUCUUUCUGUCACUACGAGCUAUAUUCCCACCUUGAACUGUCCCCCGUUCAAUACCUCAACAAUUAGAACGCUACUGCACCAUGGGCUCCUCACAACCCCCCACAGUCUCUCCGCAACCCCGCGUCCCCAAACCAGGCGUCUGGUGUCCCGCUGUGACUUUCUUCAACCACACAACCGACACGCUCGACCUCGACUCCCAAAAGAAAUACUACGCCUACCUCUCCAGAACCGGCCUCGCGGGCCUCGUCAUCCUCGGCACAAACUCCGAAGCCUUCCUCCUCACCCGCGAAGAGCGCGCCCAGCUCAUCGCCGCCGCCCGCGAGGCCGUCGGCCCAGAUUACCCCCUCAUGGCCGGCGUCGGCGCCCACUCCACCAAGCAGACGCUGGAGCUAGCAGCCGACGCGGCGGCCGCGGGCGCGAACUACCUCCUCGUGCUCCCGCCCGCCUACUUCGGAAAGGCGACGACCAUGAGCGUCGUGAAGCGGUUCUUCGCGGAUGUAGCGGCGCGGGCUCCGCUGCCGGUUAUCAUCUACAAUUUCCCCGGCGUGUGCAACGGGGUUGACAUUGACUCUGAGACGAUGACUGCGAUUGUGCGCGAGUCGGCGGCAGCGAGCCCGAGCGGCGUGUCGAAGGUGGUGGGUGUCAAGCUCACCUGUGCGUCUGUGGGGAAGAUCACGCGAUUGGCGGCGACGUUCUCGCAGGGCGAAUUCGCGGUUUAUGGGGGGCAGUCGGAUUUCCUGCUUGCGGGUUUGAGUGUUGGGUCGGCGGGGUGCAUUGCGGCGUUUGCGAAUGUGUUUCCACGUACCGCCGCGCGGGUGUAUGAGCUGUACAGGGCUGGGAAGGUGGAUGAGGCGAUGGCGCUGCAGCAGAAGGCGGCGCUGGCGGAGAGUCCGUGUAAGAGUGGGAUUGCAGCGACCAAGUAUGCCACGGCGGUGUUUAGUGCCUCUUUGGCGGGGAUUGAGGGGGCAGAGGAGAAGCUCAGGCCUCGGACGCCGUAUGAGGAGCCGGGUGAAGGGGUGAAGCAGAUGGUGCGGGAGGUGAUGGCGGAGGUUGCGGAGAUUGAGAGAAGUAUAUAGUUGCGAUUACUACGAAGAUACUCCGGCCAGGGUCACCACCUUGACUCGUUUCCUUCAAUUGCCGGUAGAUGAGCAAGUCCAAUCGAGGAACCAAGAAACUACCGCGCUUAGUAUCUGUCUAGAAUGUCAAUAGCUUCAGUCCGCAAGGAGUUAUUUUGCUGACUGUGGG